AUGUCGAGCUUCUUCACCAAGCCUGCCUCUCUGAAGAGAAAGAGACCCGAAGCUGGCGCUCCACGACCCCAACGCACAAACGAUCGCUCAAAUGCACGCCCGACCAAGCGAAGAGAAACCCGCGAUGAUUCCGUCUCUGGCAGCGACUUCGACGACGACGAUGAUGUAGGCCCACGCCCGCCUGCUGAUUCUGAUGACGAGUCGUCAGAGUCCGAAUUCGAGGGCGAAGAUGCAGCAGGAAGGAGAACACGACUGGCAGAAAGAUAUCUCGAGAACACGCGACAACAGAUCAUCUCCGAGGGCUUCGAUGCAAAGGACAUUGAUGCCGAGCUUUUGGCUGAGCGCAUGGGCGAGCGCCUGAAGGAGGACUCGGCUGAGAGCAAGGGCAAAAUCUACCGCUGGAUCGCCGACGAAUACGAUUACCAGAACGCCCAGCAUUCACAGUUCCGCGCAGACUCGCAGACGCUUACUGGUGUGGCCACCUGCGCUCCCUAUAUCUACACCGUCUCCAAGGAUAUGACUCUGAUCAAAUGGGAGAUGCCCCAGCAAAUCGACGCCUCCUCCAAACACACACAACCCACGAAACCCAAGAAGCUUAUCUACACACGCGGCAAUGGAAAGAGAGAAGAUGAUUUCGACUUCAAACACCACACCGAUGUCAUUUUGUGUGUUGCUGCUUCGUCCGAUGGCAAGUUUGUGGCGACUGGUGGCAGAGACAGGAAGCUUAUUGUCUGGGACGCCGCAACUCUCAAGCCCCUGAAGUUCUUCCAUCACCACAGAGACGCCGUCACUUCGCUCUGCUUCCGCCGUACAACCAAUCAACUUUAUUCGGCCAGUAAGGAUAGAACUAUCAAGCUCUGGAGUCUGGAUGAGUUGGCCUAUGUCGAAACACUGUUCGGUCACCAAGACGAGGUCACCGAUGUCUCCGCUUUGAACCAGGAGUUGUGUGUGACAGUAGGAGCCAGAGACAGGACAGCGAGAUACUGGAGAGUCGUCGAGGAGAGUCAGCUCGUCUUCCGUGGUGGUGGUAGCGGUGCCUCGUCAAAGCACAGAAAGGAGAAUGCAGCAGCAGGCAUUCCUCAACCGAGAGAAUUCCACGAGGGCUCUAUCGACAGAGUUACCAUGGUCGACGACGAGACAUUCAUCACAGGUUCCGACAACGGCACUCUCUCGUUAUGGAAUAUUCAAAAGAAGAAGGCCGUAUUUACGCUACCCCUUGCACACGGUCUUGACCCGCCGCCAAAGCCCGAGGAUGUCAGUGCAGAGGCCGAUCCUUCGGCAGAUGCCAGCGUCUACACCGAACCUCAGCCUAGAUGGAUCACCGCACUCGCCUGUGUUCCGUUCAGCAACAUCAUCAUCAGUGGAAGUUGGGACGGUCAACUCAGAGCCUGGAAAAUCAGCGAAGACAGGAGGAGGCUGGAGGCAUUGGGCCCAAUCGGCUGUGUGGAGGACAACCAGCUGAUUGAUGGAGAAGCCAUGUACAUGGACGACUCAAUACACGCUGUGCCAGAGUCAAACAAGACAGUAAAGGGUGUUAUCAACGACCUUGCUGUAUUUGAGCGUGGAGACAGAGGCAAAGACGGUCUGGCCAUUGUUGCAGCAGUCGGCAAAGAGCACAAGAUGGGACGAUGGAUGCAGGAUGCUGGCAAGAACCAUGCCAUGCUGUUCCGCGUAUCCAGAAAGGCUGUCGAGAACGGCACGAUAGAGAAUGGCGAGGCGCCAGAGGUUGAGUGA